AUGGUACAGGCUACGGAGGAGUCGACACUGUCGCCUGAGCGCUUCCUGGAGCUUCUCCAGGCGGCAGCUCACCCGACGGAGUCUGACCUGCCCUCCGAAACGCUCGCGGAGUCUCUCGGCAUCUCGGCCCUGCCAACGGGACAGGAAGCCAUCGACCUCGUCAAGAAGGACGUCCUUUCACCGCCGAAAGACCUCGCAGGUCCGGAUCUCUGGAGAUGGCAAGCCCCGCUUCCGUGUCCCGUUCCGCUUCCAGCUCUUCCUCUCGACACGCGACCGCCAACGCACAUGGUCGCCCCGAGCUUCAAGGGCAUUGAUGGGACGUUCACGAAAUGGCGCGACGCCCUCGCUCCCAAACCCCCGGCGCAUCCGAGUCUCAGCUCUAGUAUGCAGCGUGAACCUGCUGCUGCCCAGAACUUUGUUCGCGGUAAGAGCACGAAUGCUCCUUUCUUGCCCGGCGGUCUCGAGCCGGCCAUCACGUACGAGGAAGCAGAAGAAGAGCUUGAGGAGGAAGACGGCUGGAAGACCAGAGCUCCCGGUUUCCGACGCGGUGUCCAGCUGGAGGGAGACCAGAACAUGACGACCAAGGCGAAGCGAAAGACACGCGGCGGCGACGAUCCCUCCCUUCAAGUUUCAAGACUUGGCGACGACGAGACGACUGAGCCUGGAGAGCGCGCCCUGGUUCCCGCGGCCAAAAAUGUCGAUGAUCUGCUCCCGAUCGGUCGCCUGCCAGCGCCGCCGCCUGCUAGGAAGCAGUUUGAGAAGGUCGCUGGCAAACAGGAAUGGGCUCACGUGGUUGAUGUCAACAAGGAGCUCGUCAAUUUCCACGAGCUCGUUCCGGAGAUGGCCAGACAGUACCCCUUCGAACUCGACAACUUCCAGAAGGAGGCGGUCUACCGUCUGGAGAUGGGUGACAGCGUGUUCGUCGCUGCGCACACAUCGGCGGGUAAGACGGUGGUCGCGGAGGCGAUCUACACCUCUCCCAUUAAGGCCCUGUCUAACCAGAAGUUCCGAGACUUCAAACAGACCUUCGACCCGUCAACCGUCGGUAUUCUGACGGGUGAUGUCCAGAUCAACCCUGAGGGAAGCUGUCUGAUCAUGACUACGGAGAUUCUUCGGAGCAUGCUCUACAAGGGAGCCGACCUCAUUCGCGACGUUGAGUUCGUCAUUUUCGACGAGGUGCAUUACGUCAACGAUGCUGAGCGAGGAGUUGUCUGGGAGGAAGUCAUCAUUAUGCUUCCGGAGCAUGUUAACAUCAUUCUCCUGUCGGCGACGGUCCCGAACACGAAGGAGUUCGCGGACUGGGUUGGACGGACAAAGCGGAAGAAUAUCUACGUCAUCUCGACCCCCAUGCGACCUGUCCCCCUCGAGCACUAUCUCUGGGCAGGAAAGGAGAUCCACAAGAUUGUCGAUUCGAAAGGACAGUUCCUCGGCUCUGGCUACAAGUCUGCGGGAGAUGCCCUCCGAAGAAAGCAGGACAAGGAGCGAGAGGCUGCCGGUCUUCCUCCUCUCACCCGGACGGGCGGUCGAGGAGGGGCUCCUGUCAAAGCGAGAGAUCUGCCAACAGGCCGCUCUGCUCCGUUCUCCCGCGUGGGCGGAGGUCGCAGUCACACGAACCGAGGAGGUGGUCAGGGAGCACCUGCGCCCGCCAAUGGCGGUCGUGGCGGCGGUGGCGGUGGUCGAGGAGGUCGUGGAGGUGGCCGGCCCGGCGGUCGUGGACAGCUCGACCAGAACGUUUGGACGCAUCUUAUUGCUUAUCUUCGCAAGAACCAUCUGCUGCCCGUGGUCAACUUCGUUUUCAGCAAGAAGCGCUGUGAGGAGUACGCUCAGACGCUGUCGACAACAGAUCUGUGUGACUCAAAGGAGAAGAGCGAAGUCCAUGUGACGUGGGAGAGGGCUCUCACGAGACUGAAGGAGGUUGUUGAAAUCCUCUUCGCCCGCGGCUUGGUGAAGGUGCUCUUUGCCACUGAGACGUUCGCCAUGGGUGUCAACAUGCCAGCGAAGAGUGUGGUAUUCUCAGGCAUCCGCAAGCACGACGGAACGACGUUCCGAAACCUGCUCCCUGGAGAGUACACGCAGAUGGCCGGUCGUGCUGGUCGUCGUGGUCUCGACACCACUGGUACCGUCAUCAUUCUGAACGGAGGCGAUGAGUUGCCUGCUCAGCAGGAACUGCAGGAGAUGAUGCUCGGCGUGCCGAACCGCCUCACUUCUCAGUUCCGCCUGACGUACAACAUGAUCCUGAAUCUUCUACGAGUAGAAGCUCUGCGUGUCGAAGAGAUGAUUAAGCGAUCGUUCUCAGAAAACGCGGCCCAGAAGCUGGCCCCGGAGCAACAAAAGCAGAUCGAGAAGAUCCUCGCCAAGCUGCCGAACGUUGAGUGCCCGACUUGCAAGCCGGACAUCGAGGCGUACUACGACUUGUCGGCUGAGAUUGUGCGCGUCAACACCUCCAUGAUGAACCAGGCCGCUUGGGCUCCUGGCAAGCACCUUGUUCCCGGCCGUAUCGUCCUGAUUCGCGAUGCUCGUUUCCCUGGCAACGUCGCCAUCAUUCUACGCAAUGCCCCGUCCGUUGUUCGCGAGGGUGUGAAGAGCGACGCCCGAGCCUACCACGUCCUCAUCCUCGCCACGAAGCAGCAGAUUGCCGACGCUUCUAAGCCUGAGCUGAAGGACUCGGAGCUUGCGCCCCGCUGGCCGCCUGUGCUGUCACCCAGUACCGCGCAGAACCCGCGCUACUGGCUGACUGCCAUCGAGAGCUCGUCCAUCGGCUUCGUGACCGACCGCCUGUUGAAGGUUGACGUCAAUGGUAUCCUGGACAAGCGCCAGAAGGAGCCGGCGCUGAAGGCGAUGAACGAGCUCGUCAAGGUGCAGGAGGACAUCACCUCGGGCGGAGAGCUCAACGAGGUCGACUGGGCGAGACUCAGCAAGCUGGAGUUCCAGGAGCAGUUGCGCAACCGCAUUUCCCUCGCCGACCGUGUGUCCAAGCUAGGUUGCCAGUUGUGCAAGAACUUCGAGGAGGACAACCUGGAGCUGCUGCCCGACUACGAGUCUCGUGUCGAGGUGCUGAAAGAGCUCUCAUUCAUCGACGAGAACUCGACCGUUCUGCUCAAGGGCCGAGUAGCGUGCGAGAUCAACUCUGCUCCAGAGCUCAUCCUGACCGAGCUCAUCCUCGACAACAUUCUCGCGGACUACACGCCAGAAGAGGCGGUCGCGCUUCUGUCCGUCUUCGUCUUCGUAGAGAAGACGGAGAGCGUGCCCGAAAUCCCGCCUCGCAUCGCACAGGGUUUGGACACGAUCUACGCCAUUGCGGAUAACGUCGAGAACUGCCAGCUGCGUCGGAACGUGGUCUUCGACGACUUCCGUGAGAAGUACAAGCCUGGUCUUGUCGAGGUCGUCUACGAGUGGGCACGCGGCAUGCCCUUCAGCGAGAUCACGAACUUGACGGAUGUGCCCGAGGGCACGAUUGUGCGCGUCAUCACGCGCCUGGACGAGACGUGUCGCGAGGUGCGCGACGCAGCUCGCGUUAUCGGCGACGCGGAGCUGUUCCAGAAGAUGGAGGAGGCACAAGCGCUCAUCAAGCGCGACAUUGUGUUUGCCGCAAGCUUGUAUCUUUAA